UCUGCUUCUGUUAUGCAUCAAAUUUGCUUCAUCGGCGUUGCUCUCUUGCAUUUUCACUCUUGUUACGUGUUAUUUAUCUUCUGCACUUCCAGGUAUUUAUCACAGUCUCUGACGUUAAACAGUUCCAUAGAACCAACCAGGAAAUGGUCUGCCACUUCUGCCAUGCCAAGUUCAGGCGUGCCCAUGCAUACAUGUGUCAUAUAGAAAACGACCAAUGUCCGUCCUUCUCCGCAGAACGGUAUAGAGAACAGCGCGUCAAGAAGGAAGCGCUCCGAACUGUGAUGUCCCGAGCCUUGGGCCCCACUAAUAAGGGUUUUGGGCUCACUGAUUCAUCUAUCACUUCCAGUUUGGAUGGUGGCAUUGGCCUUCCUCUCUUAGAUGGGCGGGAAACGGUGCCCACGUCGGGUGAGAGAAGUAAACCCGGGACCACAGGCAGCAGUGGAUAUGACGCCACCUCUGUCUCGAUGCAGCUUCGCGGAAUGAGUCUCUGGCCAGCCCCCGGGGAAGAGAAAGAGGUGGAGAUAGGCUCAGAGGAGCAAGUCUUCAUGGCAUAUUCUGACGCGGCAUAUGGCCGUGAUGAUCGGGAGGUUAGAAGCCGUUUCCGCGCAAAUAACAGCGGUCCACCGACAUCCCCGACGGGAAAACAUACCCCUCUGAUUGACCUCGAUGAGACGGCGUCAAAGGCAUCUGACAACACUUGGGGAACCUGGGAAAGCAGGUUUGCCCCAUCGCCCAUGCCUCGGGAAAGUGAAACUGUUGAGAAACGCCAACAGGAACCGUGGAGCCCUUCUAAGUUCUUCAGUCCCGCUAUGGGGAAGUGGGUAUGUGUAUGCGAUAAGUUAUUUGACAGCGAGAAGGAUUUUGAGGGCCAUAUUAAGUCUGGAAUCCAUAUGGGUGGUGUCUUCCGCUGUCCUGGUUGUUUGCGCAUGUUUAAAUCUAGUACAGCAUUAACAGCGCACUGCGAAUCCGCCACAGUGCGCUGUAAAGUCAACAAGGACGAAAACUAUGCCCGCAUCCUGGAUGAAGUUUCCGCCGGGCUCAUCGAGCCAGCCGGGGAGAAUGAGGAUGGCUCUAUAAUAUAUAGGACGGUGGCGCCAUCUCAAACUGGAAUUGAUUUGAAGAAUGUUAGGUGGUAGGGAGAUAGACCUUAGACAAGUAUGCUUGUGAUAUCGGAACUUAGACAUCGGCGCGCAUCGUUCGCCAGAUGGUUCUUGUUAUCCAUUCUCUUCUUUCUUAUGUGUAGCUUAGGCAAUGAAUAGUAACGCUACGGGAGAAGGGAAACCACAUUGGUUGGCGGGAAAGAUAUUGAUGAACAUGACGAGGGGAUAGUAAACAGAAUGUUAUAUUGCGAGAUUUUUGGCGUUGUUGCAUGGCUGACGAUAAUUCAAGAAUAGUGACUUGCUAUCCCGAUGCUUAAUAUUUCUUAUUAUUAGCCAGGGAGGGGUAAUUGGAGAGAUAAUGAACAGCAUAGUUGGCUGUAAACCAGUUGUUUUCAUAUAUAUUUUGGAGGUUAACGUCUGUUUAUUAGAUCACUUCAUCGUAUAUCAGCGGGUUACUCAGAGAACGUUAACCAGAAAAUUGAGAUUUUUGUCGUUUGCAGUGGUUUAAUAAAUACUAUGGGUUUUCGGCCUAUGCCCUUUUAGGCAAUCUACACCACACCCGC